AUGGCCGCAAAUGCCUAUCGAACCCAGGUAGGCACCACUGAUCAAGCUAUUGCAGAACUUCUCAUAGCAGGACUCUCAGGUCAACUAAAAGGAUGGUGGGAUUACUAUCUCACUCCCCAGCAGAGACUUGAGAUUCUAAAAUCUGUUGAACUCGAUGAAGAUCAGAAUCCGAUACUUGAUGAAAAUGGCAGACCAAUUCAAAAUGCUGUUGCCACUCUCAUCUUAGCCUUUACACUUCACUUUGUCGGAGAUCCUUCGCAUCUCAAAGACAAGAAUGCCGAGCUUCUUUCAAAUCUUCGGUGCAAAAAGCUUAGUGACUUCAAAUGGUAUAAGGAUACUUUCCUUACCGGAGUUAUGCUUCGAGAAGACUCUAAUCUACCAUUUUGGAAGGAGAAAUUCCUUGCUGGCCUCCCCCCUCUCCUUGGAGAAAAGGUUCGGAAUAAGAUCAAGGAACAGAACAACGAAAAAAUUCCUUAUGAUCAGCUCACUUAUGGAGAACUCAUCAGCUUCACCCAGAAAGAAGACUGUCAAACCAGAAGACACCGCAAGCACAAAAAACACUUUUCCAAACAUAAAACCACUUACUACCAAGACAGACCUCCCAAAGGAAAAUCCUACAAAAAGCCUUCUCAAAAGCCCUAUGAUCCCAACUCUACUUCCAGAAAAGAUGUUACUUGCUAUAGAUGUGGCAAGAAAGGUCACAUUGCAAAAUAUUGCAAGAUCAACAAGAGAAUCCAUGAGCUCCAACUUGAAGAAGAAACUUUGUACAAACUUGAAGCCUUUUUGCUUGAGUCUUUUGAUUCUGAAGAAACUGUUUCAAUUUCUUCAGAAGAUAAUCAGGCCCUCCAGCUUGAUGAAGUCCUCUCUGACUCUUCUACUUCUGAUAAGUCUGAAAAGCAACUAAAUAUGCUCACCAGAGAUCAAAGGUUCAUGCUUGAUGUUAUUCAACACAUUCAAGACCCUCAACUUCAGAAAGAAUAUCUCACCAAGCUCCAACAUUCUUUUGAGGCAUCAUCUUCUCAAACCCCUUUUACUUCUGUGCCAUCUAAAGCCAGUAACCCAUAUGACCUCACAGCCAUCUUACAAAAGGCCAAAACUUCCAAAACAAAAGCCUCUGCUUCCACCAUUCAAGAACUUUAG